UGGGCGGGCCGCCCAACGCGACACGGCCCGACCCAACCCGGCCACCCGACAUAUUUACCAAAAAAAUAAAAACUUAAAAUAAUUAUUAUUAAAUGGAAAUUUAUUAUCUGUGCUUAAUGCUCAUUCAAAAAAAUAAGAAAAGAGAAAAAUUAUAGCGCGCGACCAAUAUUCGAAAUUUAAAAUUAGUGAAAAAAUAAAGUGUUUAAAAAUUGUUGGUAGUGGCUGUGUUGUCUAUUUGGUGUUAACUUUAUAUAGGGAAUAUAAUAGAUAGAAGAUUAAUGAUCCACUUUUAUAACGCAAAAUAAGUAUUUAUUAAAAUAUACCUUUUCCAUAAUUUAAAAGAAUUUACUAAGUGUUGACUAUUCGGACCAAAUAAUCCUAUUCCAAAUGUCCAUCGAAUUUAAAAUUAUUAGUGUAUUAAAUGUUUAAAUGUCAAUUUAUAAAUAUCACAUCUUAUUAUAAAGUGUUACUAAGUGUCCCUAAGUGUGAAGUGUAGUGAAGUCCUAUUGUGAAGUGUUAGAAUGUGAAUCACGAUGAUGAAAUGGCAGGUUACACUGUGUUGUGUUGUGAUGGGCUUCUGGCAGGGAGAGAACUUCAGAUCCGACAGCAAAAUGGCUCUUUUACCCGGGAAAAAUGUGCUGCACAUAAUCCCGGAAUUCCUGGGCCAAACUGCACCGCCAACUCCCGGAUUGGCCACCAAUGUCCCGGAUUAUGCCAGUAUCGGUUCGCUAGAACAGGACCAGAUUAUUUCAUCCUCAGUCGAGACUACAAACUUCGAAACCAUUCCUACUGCUUAUGACACUCCAGAGCCACCGGACCUUCACCCGGUGCUGCACGCGGGACUGCCCCGGGGGCUGGCCGUCACCCCCCUCCCUCUCCCUGAGGGGGACCAUGAGGUCGUCUUCAAUGUCACCUGGUUGCCCACUUCAGGUCAACCAGCGAAAGAUUACUCUAUAGAAGUGAUUAGUGACACCAACACUGAAGACUGUCGGUCACCUAUCUGUUACGAGUACGACAUUAACGGGGACUCGCUAUGGCACUUAGUGCCGACCCUGCGCAACCCGGUAGCGGAGACAUGCGCGAUCCGCCCCGGCUGCGCGUACCGUGUGCGGCUCAUCGCGCACCCCUGGGACGGACACUCUUCCAUCAACCUGAGAGUGCAGCUCGAUGAAUGCGUCGCGGGUAUAUGCUCGUGCGCGCACGCAACACGGCUGCCAAUUCCAUCGGUGCGCGCGCACACGCUCUCCGUACAGGGCGAGAUCAUGGCUAAAGUCAGCUGGUCGCUGCCCCCGCCUCGCUACCCGCUCCGCUUGCCGCGCGGGUUACAGAAACAAUACUAUUAUGUCAGUAUUGGCAGACAAAUGGUGCCAGACGCGCAUCCACUCCCCUGGUUCUCGCACACCGUCUCCCGUCAGGUGGAGGUGGACGGUCCAGUGGACUCCGGAGACGACACUAGAUGGAUACUCCUACCGAUAGUGGAGCGCAGUGGAGCGCGUGGCGGACGUGGCAAGGAGUCGAGACCUAUUGUGCUUGACGUCAAACUCCUCGCGAGAGUCAGUCUAGUUGAUGAGAGGGGAUGUGUAGGGCCAGCGGGGAACGCUACUGCCUAUGAUCCGGCAGAAGCCAACAAAGUACAAAUUGGGACUUACGCGCUAUGGGCAGCUUUCGGCGGUGCAUGCGUACUGGCGAUGGCGGCCAUCUUGGCGGUCGGCGCGCGCGCAGUCAAGCGGGUGUUGCACGCUCUCCGCCCCGCUCCUGUCUCCGGUCCGCUCGAGCCACUGAGGCGUAGGCCUGCCUGGUUCCCUUUGCAGCUGCGUACGAACAACGAUCCACCAGUGCGAGGACAGAUGGAACAGAGCCCACUGUACGUUCAAAAACGUUUUGAGACUGAGGAAGACGAAGAAGAGGGUGACGAAUGGGAAGUGAAGCGGUCUCGUGUGCACCUGGGGAGCCUGAUCGGUAGCGGCGCGUUCGGCAGGGUGCACGCUGCCACCCUCGACCUGCCGGGUGGAGAGACCAUCACUGUCGCUGCUAAGAUGCUGACUGACAACGUAACUGAAGAAGAGAUGCAGGAUUUCCUGCGAGAGAUAAACAUGUUGAAGCAUGUUGGGUACCACAAACACGUGAUACGCCUCAUUGGUUGUUGUACAAAGCGACCUCCACUCAUAGCCUUGUUGGAACAUGCACCAAGGGGGGACUUGCUGAGUCUUCUACGAGCCGCCCGUGGGCGACGAAGAGGGGAUGAGGGAUCCAACGUCACUCGGCGAGUCGGGAGUGAUACCACCGGUCGACCGUCUGAGGGUGACUCGGAGUACACAAACUUGAGUGAUUCGGAUCCUCCUCUGACGGACGAGAAGCCAUCUGGUGGAGGGCCACAGACCAAGGACCACUAUGUGGCGGAACCAGCCCUGCACUUAGAUAGCAGUGUAAUGAGGGACUACGCACUCCAAGUCGCGCUCGGCAUGAGACAUUUGGAAGAGAGAGGAAUUACUCAUAGAGACCUCGCAGCCCGAAACAUCUUAGUAGACGGCGCAGGAGUUUUAAAAGUGGCAGACUUCGGUCUGUCUCGCUCAGGGGUGUACGUUCACACGCGGUCGCGGCCGGUGCCCCUCCGGUGGCUCGCCCCUGAGGCCAUCAUACAGUCUCAGUAUUCCAACGCCACUGAUGUCUGGGCGUUCGCAGUGCUACUCUGGGAGAUCGCUACUUUAGGCGGGUUUCCCUACGCAGAGCUGAGCAACCACGAAGUCCCCCCAUUCCUGGCGCAAGGGGGUCGCUUGCCCAAGCCAGCGCGUGCCUCGGCGCGCCUCUACGAGCUCAUGGUGGAGUGCUGGAACCCAGACCCCCUCGCGCGGCCCACCUUCGCGCAAUUGGUGGACCGGCUAACAAUCCAGAAGCAACUAUACGUGGACCUAGACAGCGUUUUGGACGAGCAGUUUCUUGAGCUACAAGAACUAUACGACCGGUGACAAUUUUGUCCGGCAAAAUAGUUGCGGUAAAUCUACAAGAAGUCACAUCGAAAAAAAAUAGAAAAAAAAAACAGUGACUACAAGACUGAAUGUUUUAUUGUUAUUGUCAUUGUACCCCAGCGAUGCACGGUAAACGUUUAACAAUUA